AUGUGGCUGCUGUUGAAAAGUGGUAUCUGUUUGAAAGUGACUUCUGUUCCGAACUGUUUUCCGCUGCGUGGUGGUGUCUCUUGCGGAGUGGUGCAGGCUGCAAUCUGGUGUCCGUUGCAAAGCAGCUAUUAUUGCAAAGUGGGCAUGUUGCAGAGUGGUUCCUGUUGCAAAGUCUUUCUGGUCGCAAAGUGGUUUCUGUCGGAAAGUGGUGUCUGCUGCGAAGCGGUGCGUGUUGCAGAGCAGUUUUUAUUUUAA